AUGGAACUUGUACAGCUGGCACCAGAUGCAAUGGAGAUUGUGCCAGCUGUGCCAGGGUCACAGCCAAAUGCUCCAGAGCGGAAACGGGCCAAACCUUUGCCGCUACAUAAGUUGAUCGAAGCCCUGUUUAUUUCUCGGCUAUUGCGCAGUGCAGAGAACCUGCCAGAAGUGUUGAUGCGUGCGAUUGCUACUGUAUAUGGUGCUAAGGAAGCACAGGAUUUGCGUGAAACGCUGGCACAAAAAACUUUUUGUGUCCCCAAGCCGACACAGCUGUCUCACGCCAGAUUGAAGCUGGAUGUUUUGCUGAUGCAGCUUCGCAGAGAGCAGUGGCACGCAUGUGGCGGCACCUCUGGUCACAUGUGGGUGAUGCUUUCAUCUGACUCCAGUCCACAGGGCCUCGACUUCAUGGUUACUGUGGAAGAUCGAAUCCGGAACCCAGGGCUUGUGAUAGAUGCUACUCCAAAAGAGAUUGCAGAGUUUUCUUUGUCAACAAACCUUCAGACCUCAGUGUUGCCCCCAGCUGUCAUUGGGUCUGGAAACAGUGACACACCGGCAAAGUUUGAAGCGUUGCUGAGAAGUGUGAUGCUGGAUGUUGGUGAAGAAGGUUUGACUUCCUACGGUCGCAGCGUGGUUGGAUUCUGCUCAGACUUUGGAGUGGAGAGCCAUUUGACCCAGGCGCCACCGGUUCAGAUCGACAAGAUCUUGAAGCAGAAUCGAGACGACUCCAAGGGAUUGUUCCGAUUACGGCCAGCUCUGAACUUUUUAGAUGUUCUGGAAUGCUAUGAGAUCGGGAGCCCUCUUGAGGAGUACCGAUCCUUGAUGGAUCAUUUUGAAGGUGGCGCUCUGAUUCAUUGGCGAUGGGCUUCUGUGACAUCGUGCGUGCGUGCGCUUCUUCGCAGAAAAAUUGCCCUGGAGAAAGGCCGCUAUGCCGACCCGGAGCCUGACAACAAUGAUGCCACUGAAAGCAAACACGCGUUUACUAGGUCCAUCACGGCUGCGGUCAACAACCGCACCUUCUGGUGUUACGCAAGGUUCAUCAACACUCUUGCAGGUGCCAUUGACAUAGAGUCAAGCUGGGCUGAGGGUUGCAGUUGCCACCAAUCAGAGUUGACCGAGCAUAGAUGGUUCUCAUCCAGAAAGAAAGCCGUUUCCAAGAAACUGCAUGCAGAAGCUGGGUCAGAGUCAGAGCCCCACAAAUCAGUUCUGCAAACCUCAGAGGCGACGUGCAAGCUGAAGGGCAGGAGGGCUCAUGAGUACGCUUGUGGUGAGUAUGACUCCUUUGUAAAUCAUGUGCUUCGCCUUGCCAAGCAGCACGUUCAUGUUGUAUGCAUGGAACUUCGAGACGCAGACCGUGCAAUGAUAUAUUCUGACUUUCAAGCGGCUACCGAUGUCAUCACCACGCAAACAUCGUUAAGGUCUUCAUUUUGGAAGUGCUUGCCAUGGAAGUUGGCUGGUCUUGGAGCAGAGAGCAGUGAAGAGGCCAGGAAGUGCGCUCGAGAAUGCCGAGACCUCUACAAUGCCUCAAUGGUUUCUGCUUCAAACUCUUCCUAUGUCCACCCUAUUACCCAGCGUUUCUUCAGCCCAGCUCCUUGUUUGUUUCACUCAGAAAAUGUGUCACUUUUGAACUUUUGA